AUGUCCUCGUCCGCCGGCACGGCUAUCAAGUUCAUCGGUACAUUUGUCGGCCUAACAGCCUUAGGCGUCGGCCUUAUGAAGGCUGUCGUGCCAACGCCGGAACAAACGUAUGCGGCUAUGGCGCCGGACUUGCGAAAGCGAGUUGACGCGAACCGUGCUGCUCGGCUUGCUAUGGAGCAAGAGUACAGGGAACAACAUAAUAUCAAGUCUGUCGAUCCUGAUAACGCAAAACCAGUAUGGGCGGACAAGCCAUCAUGA